CCUGCUCCCAAUCCACGCCACGCACGGCUUCCUCUCCCAUUCCCUCACGCGGCCGCGGUCCCGAUGAGGCACCCCACGCCACCGGCCUCGCCGGCCACGGCGCCGCUCUCCAGCGCCAUCAAGCGCCAGCGGAAGGCGGCGCCGCCGCUCAGCGACGUCACCAACCACCUCCUCCCCGAGACCCCGACCCCAAUCAAGACCAGAAGAACUGGAUUCCGGCCCCUCUCCACGCCCUCCGACGCCUCCUCGACCUGCUCCUCCACCGCAUCGGUCACGCCCGCGCCCAAGCCUUCGUCCGCCGCCGUCAUCGAGGAGGAGCGCACUGCUGCGGUUAAAAUUAAAUCCCCCCAUCUCCAUGGUUUACGCGAGGCGCGGGACCACUGAAGCUCCAGCGAGGAGGACGAGGAGCACCACCACCACCACCAAGGGCAAGGAGCCCGUUGCUGUUACUGCUGCUGGAACAGCAAGUUGCCCUCCUCUUGGGAAAGCCACAAGGAAGAACAGCAGGAAAGACUCUAUCACUCAGGAUACCCAGCUCAUUUCUUCUUCAGCUCCUUGUCAUGGAGCUAAAAAGAAACGGCCCCCACCAAGCACACCCAAGUUACCAGAAGACUUUGUGAAGAAGCAGCGAGCAUACUUUGCUGAUGUGGACGCGUUUGAACUGCCCGAGGAAGAGGUGUCAGAAUCUGAGCUCGAGUGAAAACUGAAGCUGAUCCCAUAAUACAUGGCUGUUUUUUAUGUACAGACGUAGUUCACUGGUGGUAUCAAUGUAUAGCUCUCGUCACACGAGGAAGAGGCAGUGUAGCUUUUUAGUGAUCAGUGGUCAUUGGCCCACCAACGACCCUUUUACCAAGCUUGUGGCACAGUAGUAUGACAGAAAUACUGACCUGAAACGAAGUAAGCUCUGGAGCCAGUUACUCAGUACUGGGCACUUGAUCUUUAGCAUGUCAUGGAGCAGCUACUCUGGAUGUAAUAUGUGUCCACGUUUAUUCAUAGUUUCUUCUUGUGUAUGAGAUGUGUUACAUGCGAUACGUGUUACAUGCGAUCUGUCAAGUAAACGCUGCACAGUGAACCUGCAUCUUUGGC